ACGAAAAAAAAAAUGAAAUUUAUUUGUGUUGUUGUUUUAGCAUGUGCCUUGGGACUUUCACAGGGCCAAUUAAACUUUGGUAUGAAUUUUGGCAUGAAGAGCGCUUUUGGUGGCAUACCACCAGGACAAUUCUUUCAAACUAUUGUCCUGCAAUCAGAAGCUGAAAAACUACUUGUUAAUCCAGAUCUGCCCGAAGAUUUACGCCAACGUGUUCUCGAUUCCAUGAGCAAUGCCGAAGAGGGAUUUAAUAAUUGCGGCACCACCGGAACCUUGCCCUGGAUGCAAAUACGUUGUUCAGCAUUACAACUGCAAAAAUCAAAAACCGAAUUGAAAGCCAUUGAGAAUGAAGCCACUGCCAGAGCUCAAGCUGCUGCUAAUGCUGCAGCAGCAGCAGCAUCCACUGCUGUUGUUUAAUUUGGGAAACACAGGACAAGGGAUAGAGGAAUUUCUUAUGGACAAUUAUUUCACCGCACUGAAUGCUGAUAAAAACAAAAUUAAAUAUUAUUUGAACACA